GAGAGCGAGGCGACGACCAACUAAACGGCUGGUCUAUUAUAUUGAGGGCAAUGAGGGUCGAGGAAGAGGAGUGUGGAGAGGAGGAUGUAGAGCCUCAGUACAACUUGUUAUCAGACAACCUGCGUCGCAGAGCCCCUGCGGUUCUGCAGUGUUCUAUGUUCUGCGGAGGGCGACGCUGCAAGUAUGAGACUCCAGAGAACUGGGACUCAUCUCACAUGGCUAUCAGGGGCAUUUACUCACAUUGGAUAACUGAUGAUAUACUAGCCAUGGCUCGACCUUGUACUGAAAUCAUCAUGAAGAAGAAUGUCAUCAGACAAUUUCAAAGUUUAGGAGUAAAGUCUCUGAUAAAUCUUCAAGAGCCAGGAGAGCAUAAGAACUGUGGGUGUCCACUUGAACCCAGCGGCUUUACCUACGAGCCCACAACCUUCAUGGACUAUGGCAUCUACUAUUACAACUACUCGUGGGCUGACUAUGGUGAUGUCAAGGUUACAUGGCUCUUGGAUAUGGUAAAGACUAUGAACCACACCCUAACUGAGGGCAAGGUCGCAAUCCAUUGUCACGCAGGGCUUGGUAGGACUGGAGUGCUGAUUUCUUGUUAUCUCGUCUAUAGUAUGAAGUUUCGUGCCAAUGAUGCAAUUAAAUUUGUUCGGUUAAAGAGGCCAAACUCCGUCCAGUCAAGAGGCCAGAUAUUUUGUGUUCAAGCAUUUGAACGGUAUUAUAGGCAUUUCAACGUAGUGUUUAGUAAAAAGUUACUUUUAAAGCAACCCAGAGUGCCAGAAAUAACGCUUCCUACCUACAUAUUAACUCAAAAGAUAAUGUUACAUGGGUAUGAAGCAAGAUGUAUACAGCAUAUACCUAAGAUCAUUUACGUGAUAUGCGAGAGGCUGCUGGAGCUAUGUGACUGUGCUCCGGUAGCCACUAUUCCUGAUGAUCAUCACGCACCCACAACUUUGUAUUUCUUCACCGCCAGGCAAAACCCUUCCCAUUAUCACUACAUCAGUAGUUUGCUCAAUUUACAUCCAAACAAUAGUGACGAGGAGGCUGAAAGUGAAAAUCAAAAUGAAAAGGCUGAGAGUGAUAUAAACAUUGACAAUGAAAUUGAGAAUGAAGUGCAUUUCUUCUCUCCCCAAGAUGUUGUUGAAGCAAUACUGGUCGAUCAAGAAGACAUGAGAGACAGUCAACGAAGAAAUAUCGCACAGUAUGAGAUGAUUUUAAACUACAACGAGUCUUGCUGGCAAAAACUACAGAACGAACGAUCCUUAGUUGUUCUCACAGGAUUACUAACAGACUGGCUGGAACAACUCAAAACUCCUAUCAUUGACUGUGAACUGCUUUGCCAGAUCAUCAUACAUGCUGAGACACCCUUAAAGUGUCUACAAAAGUUUGAUUAUGUUUCUCAAUUUACAAUAGAAUAUCUGUUCAGGUUCACAGCACAUUUAGAAGGUCUCAAUGAUGAAGAAGUAACUUGUUUAAUUCAAAGACUAAUAGUUGCUCUGACUCAACAAAGCGUUGUUAUAAGAGAUACUCUUACACCCAAAGAAAAAGAAUUUAACAAACUUAGAAAAGGAACCUAUAAAAAAGUUAUGGAGUUUUCAAUGAACCUACUAGCACAAGUCAAGAGGCACGUAGAAUGGAGGAAACAAAAUAAAAGAAUUUAAUGAAAUUUUUAUAAA